AUGGGUAUGUUCAAUAAAUAAACAAAUAUAGAUUAUAAAUGAUAUAUACAUGAGAGAUAUAAGAGAUGACAGUCAUAGUAUCAAGUUAAGACAAGUAGGGGAACUACGAAAGAGAUGAAAGAGAUAGAAGACAUAAAGAACUUGGAGAAAUGCAAAUUUUCAAGAUGUCCAGAAAGAUUCAUUACCUAUUAUCAUUUAAAAUUACAAGUAUUCGGGAUAUAAUACUAACAUCUUAUUGUAGUUAACGUUCCAAAAACAAGAAGAACUUACUGUAAAGGUAAAGAAUGUAGAAAACAUACUCAACAUAAAGUUACCCAAUAUAAAGCUGGUAAAGCUUCAUUAUUUGCUCAAGGUAAAAGAAGAUAUGACAGAAAACAAUCAGGUUAUGGUGGUCAAACAAAACCAGUUUUCCACAAAAAAGCUAAAACCACCAAAAAAGUUGUUUUAAGAUUAGAAUGUGUUGUUUGUAAAACUAAAGCUCAAUUAGCAUUAAAAAGAUGUAAACAUUUCGAAUUGGGUGGUGAUAAAAAACAAAAAGGUCAAGCUUUACAAUUUUAA